AAGCCCUAGUUUCCCUUCGGAAGAUGCCGUGACAAAACGCUCGAGCUGAUUCCCGCAGUGGCUGAUACGAGGCAGCGCCAAUGGAAUCUCUUUCACUAAAAAGAAACUACCGUCGUGUCCCUGCUCUGCAGCAGUUCUACACUGGUGGACCUUUUGCUGUCUCUUCUGACGGCUCUUUCAUCGCAUGUGCAUGUGGCGAAACCAUUAAGAUCGUCGAUUCGGCUAAUGCAUCCAUAAGGUCAACCAUUGAGGGCGAUUCCGAGGUUGUCACGGCUUUGUCGCUUAGCCCAAAUGAUCAAUUACUUUUUUCCUCGAGUCACAGCCGGCAAAUCAGAGUUUGGGAUUUAUCUACGCUUAAAUGCGUGCGUUCUUGGAAGGGUCACGAUGGUCCUGUUAUGUCAAUGGCGUCCCACCCAUCUGGGGGAUUACUUGCUACAGGAGGAGCUGACAAGAAGGUCCUUGUUUGGGAUGUCGAUGGUGGAUACUGCACUCAUUACUUUACGGGUCACAGAGGAGUUGUUUCUAGUAUUAUGUUUCAUCCUGAUCCAGAGAAACAGCUACUUUUUUCUGGAAGUGAUGAUGGUGGUGAUCAUGCAACUGUACGGGUUUGGGAUAUUUCCACGGCCAAGAGGAAGAAAUGCAUUGCAACACUAGAUAAUCAUAGCUCAGCUGUGACUUCUUUGGCAAUAUCUGAAGAUGGAUGGACGUUGCUUAGUGCUGGAAGAGAUAAGGUUGUAACAUUGUGGGACCUUCAUGAUUAUAGUAGCAAGAAGACUGUUGUCACAAACGAGGCAGUUGAAGCUGUAUGUGCAAUUAGUCCUGGGAGCUCCUUUGCUUCAUCUUUAGAUUUAUACCAUCAACAGAAUGCAAAGAAACGAAGUGGUUCACAUGCAAUCCAAUUUGUUACAGUUGGUGACCGUGGAAUUAUACGGAUUUGGAGUUCUGAAGGUGCAGUUUGCUUGUUUGAGCAAAAGACUUCUGAUGUUUCAAUCAGCACUGAUGAGGAUGGCUCACAGAGGGGUUUCACUGCUGCUACUAUGCUUGCCUUAGAUCAAGGAUUGCUUUGUGUGACUGCGGAUCAGCAGUUUCUUGUUUACUCUCUAGAAUACAGCGAUGGGUACUUGCAAUUAAACCUAACCAAAAGACUUAUAGGGUAUAAUGAGGAGAUUGUGGAUAUGAAGUUUUUGGGGGAUGAUGAGAAAUUCCUUGCUCUUGCUACCAAUCUUGAACAGGUACGGGUUUAUAACCUGGCAUCCAUGUCAUGUUCCUAUGUCUUAGCUGGUCAUACAGACAUUGUUCUAUGUGUUGAUACCUGUGUAUCAAGUUCUGGAAGAACAAUGAUUGUUACUGGAAGUAAAGACAACAGUGUUAGGUUGUGGGAAACAGAAAGCAGAAGCUGCCUUGGAGUAGGCAUAGGUCAUAUGGGUGCUGUUGGAGCAGUUGCCUUUUCAAAGAAGAAGCGAGACUUUUUUGUUAGUGGUAGCAGUGAUCAUACUCUAAAGGUGUGGAGUAUAGCUGGCCUCUCAGACAAUUCGGCACUGCCUAUCAGUUUAAGAGCAAAAGCUGUUGUGGCAGCCCAUGACAAAGAUAUUAAUUCUGUAGCUGUUGCUCCAAAUGAUAGUUUUGUAUGUAGUGGUUCUCAGGAUCGCACAGCUUGCGUUUGGAGACUUCCAGAUCUAGUAUCAGUAGUUGUUCUCAAGGGGCACAAAAGGGGAAUUUGGUCUGUAGAGUUUUCUCCAGUGGAUCAGUGUGUCAUAACAGCAUCUGGUGAUAAGACAAUAAGGAUAUGGGCUAUAUCUGAUGGCUCAUGUUUGAAGACAUUUGAAGGGCACACUUCAAGUGUGUUAAGAGCAUCAUUUCUUACUCGUGGGACACAAUUUGUUUCUUGUGGUGCUGAUGGUUUGGUAAAGCUGUGGACGGUGAAGAGUAAUGAAUGCAUUGCCACUUAUGAUCAUCACGAAGACAAGGUUUGGGCCUUGGCUGUCGGUAGGAAGACUGAAAUGCUUGCAACUGGUGGCAGUGAUGCUGUUGUCAAUUUGUGGUUUGACUCCACUGCUGCUGACAAAGAAGAAGCUUUCCGUAAAGAGGAAGAGGGAGUUUUGAAAGGACAAGAACUGGAGAAUGCUGUCUCGGAUGCUGAUUAUGCUAAGGCAAUCCAAAUUGCUUUUGAAUUGCACAGGCCCCAUAGACUAUUUGAGUUACUCGCAGAACUUUGCAGGAAGAAAGAACCUGAAGAUCACAUAGACAGAGCCCUUAAGGCUCUGGAAAAGGAAGAGUUGCGCAUACUGUUUGAAUAUAUUCGAGAAUGGAACACAAAACCAAAGCUCUGUUAUGUUUCACAGUUUGUGCUUUACAGAGUUUUCAACAUCUUUCCUCCAACGGAUAUUGUUCAGAUGAAAGGCAUUAGGGAACUUCUUGAAGGUCUCAUUCCAUAUACUCAGAGACACUAUAGCAGGAUAGACCGACUUAUUAGAGGCACAUUUUUGUUAGACUACACUUUAACAGGAAUGUCAGUUCUUGAACCAGAAAUUCAACCGACAGAGCUGAAAGUCCAUUCUUUGUCGCAUACCGAAAACAAUCAUACUGACGAAUAUGUCAUUUUGGAGCAGGAUCGCACUCAAGAAAAUGCUGCUUCCAAGAAAAGGAAGUCAAACAAAUCGAAACAGAGUUCUCGUAAGAAAACCAAGGGUGUAUCUUACACCAAGGUUGGACCUAUUGAAGGACAGGCAUAAUAUGAAUGUGAUCAUCCCCGGUUGUUUUGGAUGGAUUGAUCAAUAUAUGGGCUGUUCUGGUAAAUUCUAAUUUUAAAAAUGCAGCUGUCGUUCUCCAGCUUAGCAGUGGAAAUAUUUUGUCGCCGGCUUCAUUCUUGUAAAUUAAUUUGAAGUUUUGCUCUCUAUGCGAGUUAGAAAAACUUCUCCAGCUUGUCAAGAAACUUGUCAAAAGAACGAUUAUUAUUCA